AUGGCCGAUGAGCCCUUUCCGUAUCUCUAUCGGACCAUCUUCACCCUGUUGGUCGGUCCUGACAAACAGCGAUAUCCUGUCCACAAGGAGUUGCUUGCAAGCAAGUCAUCUGCAGUUGCGAAGCUUAUUGAUUCGCCCCAACUUUAUUCCCAGAUCAAAAAGUCGCUGCUAGAGUCGCUCAAUGAAUUGGAGAGGCUGCCCAAGGCUGCACCAAGCUCGUCUACACUCAAUUGCAUCGUUCGCUGCAUCAUGAAGGAAGCAAUCUGGUUGGAUGGCCGUAGCGCACCUUACGGACUCAGUGGAACUGCCGCCGAUCUUCGUCCACUGAGAAAGGAAGUAGUGGAGGCUCUCCAUGACCACGACUGGAAUUGGCGACCGGAUACAGAGGGAUCGAAUAUUGACGAGUCGGAGGACGAUUCGAAUACGGACGGAUACAGCAUACGACAGGGGAACUUCAUAUUCUACGACUUGAGAGAACACAGAGAGCUUGACGUCCUCGACAAUGCUGUUGCCAUUCUCAUCAAGGGAGCUAAGAAGCAACUUGGUCAACACUGCCUCCACCCACGGGAAACCGAAGAUGUUGAGAAGAAUCGCCUUAAACUUCCAGAUGAGCGACCCCGAGUCGUGGAAAUGCUUGUCCACGCGCUCUAUACUAGUCGUCUCCAAACAAUGGAUGCGCGAAGCGUGUUCCACGACACUGCGCCAUAUGACCGCCUCCAAGUAUUUUGCCUUGCUUUCGAGUUGGGUAUCACAUCUAUACAACAGCUCAUCGUGGAAUCCUUCUUGAAGAAGCGGACUGGGCCCACACCACUUCGCUAUAUUCUCUUUGCGCUCGCUGCUGCAGAGAAUGGUAGUCCGGCGAAGAAGCUGCUUGGCUGGCUCCUGCGCGACCUGUCGGCUGAGCUGCUUAGUGUCUGCCCGGAUGGCCAAAACCUCUCCCUAAAUGCCGUCGGCAGUGCAGGCAUCGAUGAAUGCAAUGACGACGAAGUUCUCAACCUGGUUUGUGAUGACUGUUGGGCCUACAUGACUAGCAUAUCUGACGUUCUAAAGCACGUCGCCGAAACUGACCACGAGAACGUGUCCAAGCGUACCACGAAGAGCAAGCCAUUCCUUCUACAGAAGCACAAACCUAUGUUUGAGGAAUUCAAAGCAAAGCUUGAGGCUCAACAGCGUCGCAAAUGUAUCCACAGCGAGCUAUUCCGUCGCCCUGUGUCUUCCACUCACAAGGAGACUAUUGCGCGAGGCGAAGAAUCAUCGAUCUGGGACUCAGCUCUCGACGUUUCGGCCUCCACACCCCGAAAAGUCUUCCGCUGCGAUGAGUGCUGUGAGCAGCUUGGCAGCAAGUCUGAAAUGAAGAACCAUACGGAUUUCUCCUGCCACGAGAAAUUCUCCGAAUUGAACCCGGACGAGAUCAGAAAGCUCACAAACGCAGAGAAGAAAGCCGUUUGCCAGUUCAAACCUUCAACACCCGAAGACCUCGUCGCCAACGAUGACGAAGUAAACGAUGAUCUCUAUGAGCACCCCAGAAACGUUAUGACGGAAAACGCCGGCACUAACCUCAUGGAGAAUCGGCGACUCACCCGCGCGCAACACAAGCUCAAGCGCCCGACCAAGGCCCCAACACCAGGAGUCGUCGUCGCUAACGAUGAAGACGAUGGCUACAAGCUCUACGAAAAUAGUGCGACGGCGAACCCCAGACGGGAAAGAAGCGAAAGGCCGCUGUCCCUGACGGCGAUCACUCGAAGAAUCAGCCAGUCAAGAAACCGAGAACGCGUGCCGCUGCUGCACUUGAGCGGAGGGGUAAUAGUCCUGGGCAGAGUGGGGAACAAUCAACUUAAGUUGAUAGAUUGAUUGAUUUGAUUUGGUUCAACCAAAUCAAUCAAUCAAUCCGAAGAGGUGGAUUUUAUCAAUCAAAUCAACUUCAAGGCAUC